AUGCCUCAACUCCUCCCUAGCCGAUGCCACCCUCGUCAGCAAAGCCUCGCUCGUCUCCGUUUUCCUACCUAUCAACCUUUUCACCAAAGCCUCCUCACUCUCCGCCACCAAGAACACGAAAACAGCAUUAUUCCUCAAAACCCUCCUCAAACUCGCUGCACCUUGCACGUCCACCCUCAACACAAUAUCACACCCUUUCCCCAUAUAAUCCCUAAUCUGCUGCUUCGGGACUCCCUUGUACUCUCCGUACACCAAGGCGUACUCCAACAGCUCCUCCCUAUCAAUCAUUUUCAAGAACUCGUCUUUCGUCACGAAAUAGUAAUCUUUCCCGUCAAUUUCGCCGGGUCUCUGGGCCCGGCUGGUGGCCGUGACCACGAAGUGGAGGUCACGCCGUAUUUCCCUCAGCCGGUUGAUGACGGAAUCUUUCCCGACGCCGCUGGGCCCGCUGACGACGAUGAUGAGGGGGCUAGGGUUCGGGACUAUGGGGGAGGCCUCGAGGGCCCGGAAAACCUCGGCCCGGCCCGCGUGAGCCGGGUGCGGGAUCGGAGGUGUUGGGGCGUCGUCCAUUGUGGGGCUUGUGGAAACGAAGCAGGGGUCCGUGGGUUCGCCGCCGAGGGCCUCCGAAACCCUAAUUUUAGGGUUUUGGAGUUCGACGGAUGGAUUGGAGGAGAUCGACAACUAGGAAAGGGAACUGUGAAUUUGAGGGGAGAGAGUGAAGGGAUUGCGUGGUAUUUGGAUAUGGAGAAGCAGAGCCUCCGGAACACCAUGGAAGGUACAAAAGUGGAAGGGAAAAAAAUAGUUGUCCAGUUCAAAUAUGAAAGGCUUGAAGGUCUCUGCUACUACUGUGGCUUAUUGGGGCAUCUUGAUAGAAGUUAUGAGAAAAGAUCUUUGGAUAUUAGUCAAGGUACACUAAAAGAAGGCACUUACGAUGAUUGGCUUAGAGCUUCUGAAACCAUUUUCCAAAACACCCAGAGUUAUACUAAUUCACAAUCAGAUGCCCCUCAAAGCUUUAGUUCCCAGAAAAACAGCCUUCUUGACUCAAACCCAUUUGUCCCUUCUGAAACAACCCAGCAUCAUCCCUCGUCACCACAAACUACUGUAUCCACCAAAGGCUUACUCACUGAAUCUAACACUCGAAUAGAAACUCCCCAAAUUUGUACUAAGUCCUUUACCUCAAGCUUCCCAGAAAAACCAACCUCUCAUAUCCUACUUGUUAUAGCCAUAGACACAUUAGAUCCCAUGGAAGCUGCAGCCACAUUGAACUUGGAGCUAACAGUGAUCACCACAUUAGAUGAGACUGAAAAAGGAAAGAAUCAGACCAAGGUGCAUGAAGAUAAAAGUGUUUCUAAUACUAGUAAAAGAUGGAGAAGGAAACUAGGCCCCAAGGUAACAAGCACUUAA